AAAACAGACAGGUUAUAGCUUAGGGUUUAAGCACAAUCAAGAAAAAACACUGAAGCACUCUCUGUUCUUCAGCUGCUGUAUUAUAUUAUAGUUAUAGAGAAGGCAAAAAAAAAUAAUGGUGGUUGACAAAGGGAAAAAACAGAAAGUUGAAGAGGAAAAAAACAUUGAUGAGAAACUUUUUUUGUCUGUAGAAAAAUUGCAUGAGAUACAAAAUGAACUUGAGAAGAUCAACGAGAAAGCAACUGACGAAGUGUUUGAAAUAGAACGGAAGUACAACAAGAUCCGCAAGCCUGUUUAUGAUAAGAGAAAUGAUAUCAUUAACUCUCUUUCUGACUUCUGGUUGACUGCUUUUUUGAGUCAUCCUGUUCUUGGCGACCUUCUAACUGAACAGGACCAAAAGAUUUUCAAAUUCUUAAGUUCUAUUGAAGUGGAAGACUCGAAAGAUGUGAAAUUGGGUUAUUCAAUCACGUUUAACUUUAAGCCCAAUCCUUUUUUUGAAAAUUCAAAGCUUUCAAAGACCUAUACCAUCCUUGAAGAUGGAUCGACAAAAGUUACAGCUACAACAAUAAAAUGGAAAGAAGGCAAGGGCAUUCCUAAGGGGGUUGUUCAAGAGAAGAAAGGAAACAAGCGGUCCCAUGCAGAAGAAAGCUUCUUUACCUGGUUUAGUGAAGUCAAUAAAAACGAUGACAGUGAUGAUGACGAAAAAGAGGUUCUGGAUAUUCAGGAUGAGGUUGCUGAAAUAAUCAAGGAUGACUUGUGGCCAGACCCUUUGACUUAUUUUAGCAAUGAGGUUGUUGAAGAAGAUUUUGAGGGUGAUGAAGGUGGUGAGGGAGAAGGCUCUGAAGAUGAUGAAGAUGAAGAUGAAGAUGAAGACGAUGAAGAAGACAAAUGAACUGUUAAUGGGCAUUGUGUUUGAUUUUAGUUCGCUUCUUCAGUGUUUCAAUCAUCAGGGAUUUGGGUGUCUGUAAAGAGGCUUGGGAUAUUGCAGCAAAACUAGAAUUACAUGUAGCGGUGACUCUUCUUUUUGCUGUAAAGAGUCUUGGGAUAUUGCAGCAAAUCUGGAAUUACAUAUAGUGGUGACUCUACUUUUGGCUUCAA